GCGCAGGGAUCAGGCCCCUCAGCUACCUGAGCUCUCGCCUCAACCGGCUCCCGCAGGGCCCGGGUCGCCAGACACAGGCGCCGAGACUCGCCGGCCACCCGGCCGGGUCCAGGGACGAGAGGGUCCCGGCGGAGCGCCGCAGUUCGCCCGGACCUGGAAAGGGAGGGAGGCAGACGCAGAGGCCGGGGUAGCUGGAGACGGGGCUUGCGGGCUCACGGCGUGGUCACCUGCCCUCCCUGGGCCCUGGGGACAGCUCCCCGCGCGGCAGCCACGUGGGGGCGCGGCGGGACUUCCCCAGCACCCGCGCCAACUUUGCAACGCUCUGCACCGAGCCGGGCGGCGGAGGGAGAGGGAGGGUCGUGGUUAGGUGGUCGCGCGGGGCCAGCUCCCCUCAAGUUGAGCCUGGCACCUGCCGCGCACGCAACCCGCGCUGCCCCCCGCCUUCGCAUUUUUCUGCUCCAGUCAGAGAGGAAACUUUGAAGAACCGGACAUCAGGCGCUGGCCACCUUCCCUCGGCUGCUGGGUACCCAGAGCCCGUCCCUGAGGACCAAAGCAGACUGCAGGAAAGGUGCCCGUGUCCGGGCCCCGCCUGAGAAGCGAGGGCGCGCAGUGAGCGCCCGGGCCCGCGGUCACUGACCGCUGGCCGCACUGGAGCGCGGGCUACACCCGGCACGGUCAAAGCGGCAGAACUGGCAGCAUGUGCCCGCGCAGGGGAUGGAGCCUGCAACUGCAAAACUUUAUAAUGGCAAAGCAAAGGUCCCAGAAGGCCACCUCCCCUUCCGUCAUGGGCAGCUCACUGUGGUCUCUAAAUGACCUCGCCGAGCCAGAUCCCUAGGCCUGGCCGCUAGAUCCACGGAGCAAAUCCCGUGUCUCGCAACUGGUCACCAACAGGGGCUUGAGCUCCAGCAGCAACCCCUCCGCAGGCUAGUGAUGGCGGCGCUGGUGGAGUCGGUGGCUGCAGAACCCGGCGGCCGAAGCGGCCCUGGCAGAGGUCGAGCCCCUCGGGGACGCUUGGCCAAUCAGAUCCCCCCUGAGAUCCUGAACAACCCCCACCUGCAGGCAGCCAUUCAAGUCUUGCCUUCCAACUAUAACUUUGAGAUUCCCAAGACCAUCUGGAGGAUUCAACAGGCUCAGGCCAAGAAGGUGGCCUUGCAAAUGCCUGAAGGCCUUCUCCUUUUUGCCUGCACCAUUGUGGAUAUCUUGGAAAGGUUCACGGAGGCCGAAGCGAUGGUGAUGGGUGAUGUGACGUAUGGGGCCUGCUGUGUGGAUGACUUUACUGCAAGGGCCCUGGGAGCUGACUUCCUGGUGCACUAUGGCCACAGCUGCCUGGUUCCCAUGGACACCUCGGUCCAAGACUUCCGGGUGCUGUACGUCUUUGUGGACAUCCGGAUAGAUACUACCCACCUCCUGGAUUCUAUCCGCCUCACCUUCCCCCCAGCCAGUUCCCUUGCCUUGGUCAGCACCAUUCAGUUUGUGUCAACCUUGCAGGCAGCUGCCCAGGAGCUGAAAGCUGAGUAUCGUGUGAGUGUCCCACAGUGCAAGCCCCUAUCUCCUGGGGAGAUUCUGGGCUGUACGUCCUCCCACCUGCCCAAAGAGGUGGAGGCUGUUGUAUAUCUUGGAGAUGGCCGCUUCCAUCUGGAGUCUGUCAUGAUUGCUAACCCUAGUGUCCCCGCUUACCGAUAUGACCCAUACAGCAAAGUCUUAUCCAGAGAGCACUAUGACCACCAGCGCAUGCAGGCCAACCGCCAAGAAGCCAUAACCACAGCCCGCUCAGCUAAAUCCUGGGGCCUUAUCCUGGGCACUUUGGGCCGCCAGGGCAGCCCUAAGAUUCUGGAGCACCUGGAAUCUCGGCUCCAAGCUUUGGGACUUCCGUUCAUGAGGCUGCUGCUCUCUGAGAUCUUCCCCAGCAAGCUUAGCCUGUUUCCUGAGGUGGAUGUGUGGGUGCAGGUGGCAUGUCCACGCCUUUCCAUUGACUGGGGCACAGCCUUCCCCAAGCCGCUGCUGACACCCUAUGAGGCAGUGGUGGCCCUGAGGGACAUUUCCUGGCAGCAACCUUACCCCAUGGACUUCUACGCCGGCAGUUCUUUGGGGCCGUGGACAGUGAACCACGGACGGAACCGCCCCCCCCAGGCCCUGGGCCGGCCAUCGCUGGCGAAGAUGCAAAUGCAGGAGGAGCCCACGCGCCCUACUCCAGCAGCGGCCUGCGACGAUUGCAGCUGCAGAGAAGAAAAGGGAGCGCCGCUCAUUCCGUAGACCCUCCUUGGUCUCAGAGCCCUGCCUUCCGGAGGAGCAGCCUCGAGGCUGGUGGUUUUCAGAACAGGAAGCAGACGUUUUCAACGCCCUGAGCCAUCCCACAG